AUCCCUCCAGGCCAGCUCUCCGACAUGCAAGAGGUGGCCCUGAGCCUGCUCGUCCUCCUGGCAGGCCUGCCUGCCUUGGAUGCCAACGACCCAGAAGAUAAAAACAGUCCUUUCUACUACGACUGGUUCAGCCUCCGUGUCGGCGGGCUCAUCUUCGCAGCGGUCCUGUGCGCCAUUGGCUUCAUCGUCCUCAUGAGUGGGAAAUGCAAAUGCAAGUUCAGCCGGAAGCCCCGUCACUAUCCAAGCGAUGCCCCACCUCUCAUCACUUCAGGCUCUGCCCAUAACUGUUGAGGAUGGAUCAGCGGAAAGAGCACCGAGGGCCACUCUUUCCCCAAGUCCUGGCUCUGCACAGGAUCCUAAACUCCAGGAUGGAAUUCUCAGACCACCUGGCCAGGGCUCCAUCUCAUCUCUCACUGGAGGGGGUCUUUGUUCAAUUUUCACUCUUAAAUGAUCUUGCCUUAUGC